ACAACUUCAAAGUUAAAACUAUUUUGUAACCAUUUUCUUGUUUUUUUUGCCAUUUUGGAGCCUACCAUUAACGACUCUCUUCCCAUUUCUCUGUUUAAUAAUAAUCGUUUUCCCAUCUUCUUGCAAAUUUCACCCCACCCCCCUCAUCCCACACCCCAUAAUUUCCAACAAGAACAGCUUCUAUGAUGUCUUUGACCUUUGAAUUUCAUCUUCACUUAUAUCCAAAUUUUAUAAAUUAUUAUACUCAUUCCAGCUUGCACCAAAGAAUCUCAAUUUCAUUUAUUCUUUAUUACAUCUAUGCAAGUAAGUUGUGAUUUACAUCUAUAGCUGAUGACCCUUUUUGUGUUUUAUGAGAUAUAACAUUUUUUGUGUGAUUCUUGAUAGUUGACUUUUUUGGGUUGUAAUAUAUUGUGAGAUUUUAAAGAUUGAAUUUUUAGAUUUUUUUUUUGUUUGGGGUUUUGGUUGACUAUAUGGGGUUUUGAUGAAUCUGAUAAAGUUUAGUUUUUUGAACUUUUUGAUGGGGUUAGUGAUCAUGUGAUUAUGGUUUAGAGAUUCCUGUUGUUGUUGCUGAUCUGUUUAAACCAUCUGUUCCUUUUAGCCUUAAAUUGUCUUGUGAACUAAUAUGGAGAAUAAUUCUCCAGUUACUGAUUCUAUUAUGAUGAAAUCAUCCUCUAUAAGAAGUAUGUCAUCUAAUAGGUCAAGGGCAUCUGGUGGGGGGUCUGUGAGGGAGGUGAAUUUAGGUGAGUUUGGAUCGAAACCUGUGAGACAUGGGUCGCGGGGUGCUGACUCUGAGGGGUAUGGAACAUCUCAAAAAGAGAUUAGUGAUGAGGAUUCUAGAAUUGUUUAUUUAAGUGAUCCUGAAAGGACAAAUGAGAAGUUUGAAUUUUCGGGGAAUUCAAUUAGGACUGCAAAAUAUUCUAUUGUGACCUUCUUGCCUCGAAACCUGUUCGAGCAGUUCCAUAGAGUUGCAUACAUAUACUUUUUGGUUAUUGCUAUUCUUAAUCAGCUUCCUAUGUUGGCUGUCUUUGGUCGGGGAGCUUCAAUUCUUCCAUUGGCUUUUGUGCUAUUAGUUACAGCAGUUAAGGAUGCCUAUGAGGAUUAUAGGCGCCACCGUUCUGAUAGGAUUGAGAAUAACCGGUUGGCAUUGGUGUUGUUGGAUGGUCAGUUUCAAGAGAAAAAAUGGAAGGAGAUAAAGGUGGGUGAAAUCAUCAAAAUUUCAUCAAGUGGUACCAUUCCUUGUGAUAUGGUAUUGCUCUCGACAAGUGAUCCCACUGGGGUUGCCUAUAUCCAGACUAUUAAUUUAGAUGGGGAAUCAAAUCUAAAGACACGGUAUGCAAAGCAGGAGACGCAAAUGAAGAUGCCAGAAAAGGACAGUAUUAGUGGGAUGAUCAAAUGUGAGAAACCAAAUAGGAACAUUUAUGGUUUUCAUGCUAAUAUGGAAAUAGAUGGAAAGCGUGUUUCUCUUGGACCUUCAAAUAUAAUCCUCCGUGGCUGUGAGCUCAAGAACACUAGUUGGGCUAUUGGAGUUGCAGUUUAUGCUGGAAGAGAAACUAAAGCUAUGCUCAACAACUCUGGAGCUCCAUCAAAGAGAAGCCGUCUUGAAACCCGAAUGAAUAGGGAGAUCAUUAUCCUCUCUUUCUUCCUUAUUGCAUUAUGUACUCUUGUUUCCGUUUGUGCCGGUGUUUGGUUGAGGCACCACAAGGAUGAGUUAAAUACCAUUCCCUUCUAUAGGAAAUUGGACUUCUCAGAAGACGAAGUUGAAGACUACAAUUAUUAUGGCUGGGGACUGGAAAUAGUAUUUACUUUUCUGAUGUCAGUCAUCGUCUACCAGAUUAUGAUCCCUAUAUCACUCUACAUAUCCAUGGAGCUUGUUCGUGUUGGUCAGGCCUACUUUAUGAUCCAAGAUAAUCGAAUGUAUGAUGAAACUUCAAAUGCAAGAUUCCAGUGUAGGGCUCUUAACAUAAAUGAGGAUUUGGGCCAAAUAAAAUACGUUUUCUCUGACAAAACUGGUACCUUAACUGAGAACAAGAUGGAGUUCCAAUGUGCAAGCAUUUGGGGUGUAGAUUAUGGUAGUGGAAAAUCAGAUUCUCAAGAAGAAGUAGCUGGAUUCUCUGCUCAAGAUGGUCAAGCUUUAAGGCCAAAAAUGAAGGUGAAGGUUGAUCCAGUGCUUUUGAAUAUAUCAAAAAGUGGGAAGCAUUCAGAUGAAGGGAAACAUGUUCAUGAUUUUUUCCUUGCCUUAGCUGCUUGCAACACAAUUGUCCCUCUUGCUGUGGAGACAUCUGAUCCGGCUGUGAAGUUGAUUGAUUACCAAGGGGAGUCUCCGGAUGAGCAGGCCUUGGUUUAUGCUGCAGCAGCUUAUGGGUUUAUGCUCAUUGAGAGAACAUCAGGCCAUAUAGUAAUAGAUGUUCAAGGAGAAAGAAAAAGAUUCAAUGUACUAGGCUUACAUGAAUUUGACAGUGAUCGGAAGAGGAUGUCAGUAAUAUUAGGCUGCCCUGACAACACAGUAAAAGUCUUUGUUAAAGGUGCUGAUACAACCAUGUUUGGUAUCAUAGAUAAAUCGUUGAGCUUGAAUGUAGUGCGAGCAACAGAACUGCAUCUACACUCUUAUUCCUCAAUGGGUCUCAGAACUCUUGUAGUGGGGAUGAGAGAAAUGAGUGCUUCUGAAUAUGAGGAAUGGCAGUCAUCCUAUGAGGCAGCAAACACUUCUGUUAUUGGUAGGGCAGCUCUACUUCGGAAAGUAGCUGGCAAUGUAGAAAAGAACCUCACCAUAUUAGGUGCCUCUGGUAUUGAAGAUAAAUUGCAGGAAGGUGUACCAGAAGCUAUUGAGUCCUUAAGAGUGGCAGGCAUUAAAGUUUGGGUUUUGACUGGGGACAAGCAAGAGACUGCAAUUUCAAUUGGCUAUUCCUCGAAACUAUUAACGAACAGUAUGACUCAGAUUGUUAUAAAUAACAAAUCUAAGGAGUCAUGUAAAAGGUCUUUGGAAGCUGCACUGACUAGGUGUAAGAGUCUAACACCACAAAAUGCUGAGGAAAAUAUUGAAGCUGGAGCAAGUGCAAUUGCUUUAAUCAUUGAUGGAACAAGCCUUGUUUAUGUCCUUGAUGGCGAACUUGAAGAACUGCUAUUCCAGUUGGCCAGUUAUUGCUCUGUUGUACUCUGUUGUCGGGUGGCCCCAUUACAAAAGGCUGGAAUUGUUGCUCUCAUAAAGAACCGCACUGAUGACAUGACACUCGCAAUUGGGGACGGUGCAAAUGAUGUGUCAAUGAUCCAAAUGGCUGAUGUGGGCAUUGGCAUCAGUGGCCAAGAGGGACGUCAAGCUGUGAUGGCAUCAGAUUUUGCAAUGGGACAAUUCAGAUUCUUAGUCCCUCUUCUGUUGGUUCAUGGCCAUUGGAACUAUCAACGAAUGGGUUACAUGAUAUUAUACAACUUCUACAGAAAUGCUAUCCUUGUUUUUGUCUUAUUCUGGUAUGCUCUCUUUACAGCUUUCACUUUGACCACUGCUCUAACUGACUGGAGCAGCAUGCUAUACUCCAUAAUCUAUACUGCGGUGCCUACAAUAGUUGUUGGGAUUCUCGAUAAGGAUCUAAGUAGAGUGACUCUUAUGAAGUAUCCACAACUCUACGGUGCCGGACAAAGGCAAGAGAGCUAUAACAAGAAAUUAUUUUGGGUAACCAUGAUUGACACCUUAUGGCAAAGUAUAGUGGCCUUCUUUAUACCUGUUCUAGCAUACUGGGAAAGUGAGAUUGAUAUCUCAAGCAUUGGAGAUCUAUGGACACUUGCUGUUGUUAUUUUGGUCAAUGUACAUCUAGCAAUGGAUGUGAUUCGUUGGUCUUGGAUUACUCAUGCUGCUAUUUGGGGAUCUAUAGUAGCCACUUUUAUUUGUGUCAUUGUCAUUGACUCGCUGACGUUUCUACCUGGAUACUGGGCCAUUUUCCAUGCAGCCGGGGAAGCUAAAUUCUGGUUUUGCUCGCUUUCCAUAACAAUUGCUGCCCUUGCACCUCGUUUUGUCGUCAAAGCUUUCAUUCAGCAUGCUAGACCUCGUGAUAUUCAGAUUGCAAGAGAAGGAGAGAAGUUCAGAAAUUUAAGAGACUCUCAGACUGAAGAAAUAGAAAUGAAUCCAAUUGUUGACCCUCCUCGACGAUGAUUGAGCUUUUUGCUGAGUUCUCUUCUCCAUCACUUCUGCUUGUAAAAAGGUUUUUCUUUAUACUUCUUUUGGUUACUUUGGAGAUUUCCUCCUUGUUACCGGAUUUUGUUUGUUUUGGUAUCCGAAGGAUAGGAGUAGUUAGUAUUCAGGUCCAUUCUUUGCUAUUCAUGCACAUUAAUUGUACAUUAAAAAACUGUACAAUACUGGUUAUAUACCUUCAUGUAACACCAAUUUUCAUCAAUAGAAUGAGCAUACACACUCAAGUUUUUUAUUGAA